ACCAGGCGACGCGAAGUCGCGAAUUAUUUUUCACAGUAAACAAACCAGCAUGUUCGGUGUGCCGACGGCUUUCCGCGGCCUUCGGACACUUUCUGCAACACGACUUCUGCACAGGGCAAUCCCGCCGACACCCUACGACAUCUCGGUUGACACGUCCAAGCUGCCGAAGCCGACCAAGAUCGACAGAGAGACCAUCUUGCAGCUUGAGAGGGUCGCUCUGGUCGACUUCGCCACUGAGGAGGGCAUCCGAAGACUUGAGGCGGCCGUCCAGCUCGCGGACACCAUCGCAGCCGUUGAUACCAAGGGUGUCCAACCCCUGUACACAGUACUAGAGGACAGAUCGCUGUACCUUGAAAAGGACGAAGUAACGGACGGAAACUGUAAAAAAGAGGUGCUGGCCAACGCCUCCAAGACUGAAGAGGACUACUUUGUGGCGCCGCCUGGAAAUAUUCCGCUUGACCAGACUGACAAAAAAUAAUGCUGCGAUCCUUCCUCAAGUUACGCGUCCUUCAGGACCACAGAGUCCCGACUAUUAGAUUUUUCGCCACAAAACGCCCAGCUAGGAAAAAAAGCAACAAAAAUAAUGCGACCUCUGAAACUCCUCCUAAAAUUGUUUUCAACGCUGACGUGAAUGAUAAUUCAAGUGAUUUGAAGGACUUGGCAGUGUUUUUGUCCAGAUGCUUGGAAAGGGGUGGCGUUCCUGCCGAGCUCAACAGGGACUUCGGAGCAGCUCCUCUUCAAACUCAACAGGAAAAAUCUGAUCAAUCAGAUAUCAAAUACACAGUAACUCUGAAGCAAUCAACUCUGGUAGAUGGGAUUCUUGGGCUGAGGAACAAAACCACAACAAUUUCGGAGCAAGUCCACGUUUCAAUGCUUAAAGGAUACAUCUUGAAGCUCGUCAAGCCGCCUGAGUGACACUCUUAUAAGCACGCGUUGGGCUGACCAAUGGUUGCAAGUGCCGGGCAGAAUUCCAACACUGGCGAGCACACCUUAAUAGACAAGUACGUUUGGUACAAGUUGUAGACGCACAUAGUGACCGUGUAGUGCGGGAACAGCAUGAAAAUCCAGUCCAGAGUUGUGGCCACGUCUUCCAGUCCCAAUCCAGGUGUCUGCAUAAUCACCACAAUCAUAAAGGCGGCCACCCCUGAAAAAUUGUGCAGUUCAAACGAUUAAACGAACAAAAAAAUUAUUAAA